AUGAUGGGACUUUGUUACUGCUGCAGUCUGGUGACUUUGCGCAUUUUCUUUUUGAUUGCUGUUGUUAUAAUGAACUUCCAGGCGGCUCUAUUAGUCACACUUGUGGGAAUCGUAGCAUCUGCCCCAAUCUCUGGCAAACUGGACAUUAUGAACAAAGAUACUAUUGCACAGGCCCACAGUUUAAUCAACAAAAUUCUACAAGACAUUCCUACAACUCAUGCAGACUGGAUAAACAGCAAGAGUCUGACUUUGGGCGACAGCAAGACUAGGCUGGAGUUGGAGUUCUUGAAGAAAGAUAUGUAUAUACCCUCUGCUCCAGUUCUUCAGAACAUCUCCAGCAUGGAAACCUGCCUUGCAAACAUAACGAAGGGACUGCAACUGCAUCUGAAUCUCUUGGAAGAGAUCAGCAAAGCAAACAUGCUGGCUCAGACAGACCAAGUGAAAGACCUUCAAGCUGAAAUUCAAGAACUUCUGGUCCUAAUUGAAGAGUUGCAGAACCAGGCAGGAUUUGACCCAUCGAAGCAGGCAUCAGAUGAGCAGUCGCAGACCCCUGAGCAUGAUCUGGCCAAGCAUCUGACAAGUGAAUACAUGACCCAGGUGGCAGCCCACCUCAGCCUGCAACAGCUUCAGGACUUCAGCUGUGACAUCCUCCGCAGUAUCCUCAGUAUGACCUCCAGCAUGGCAGAGAACCCUAACACUGUGCAGCUCUGCGUAAAUGCAGCAGGUCUAUGAGCAGCCUAGACCGUAAAGCCCAAAGUAUACCUGAGUUUUGACACAAACGCAUGGCCUUUCAACAUAUACUUAUAGCCUGCAAAAUAUACUGAAACACAUGCAGGUUGACAAGAGCUAAAUUGAAAGUUCCAUCUUUGUCCAGUGUCUGUGCUAUUCUUCCACAGAUGUUAGGAAAAAUCGACUUCCCUAUAGAGAAAAUCAACCUGGCUGUUGUACUCUAUAGAGAAUGCAUAGAUUAAAAAAAUGGGCUAUGCACGUACAGCAUUGUACCCUAGCAUACAUGUUAAAAUCAAAGUAAACUUUGGGCUUUACACAAAAACAGAUGCAACAUGAUACA